AUGGCUUCCACACCUCCUCCAGGCUGCAACGAGAACAUUGACUCUGACUAUUAUUUACUCUGUGACACUGAACAAGCCUGGGGCAUCGUCUUGGAAACACUGGCUACAGCUGGUGUCAUUGUCACAAUCAUCUUCAUGCUCUUGCUACUCAUCUUCAUCGGUAAGGUCCAAGACUCCACCAAGCGAAGCAUGAUCCCUAUCUAUUUCCUCUUCCUCUUAGGCACCCUAGGGAUCUUCGGCCUCACCUUUGCUUUCAUCAUUAAACUUAAUGUCCGGACUGGCCCCACCCGCUUCUUCCUCUUUGGCGUCCUCUUCGCCCUCUGCUUUUCCUGCCUCCUGACCCAUGCCUUCAACCUUGUCAAACUGGUGAGGGGGAAGGCCCCCUUUUGGUACCCGGUGUUGCUGGUUAUUGCCAUUAGCCUCACUGUGGUGCAGAUUAUUAUAGCCAUAGUGUAUGUAGUUGUCACAGUGGCCAGACAAAAUAUUCAAUUUACUACGAUGAGUCCAGAACAACGCAAUAUGGACUUUGUCAUGCUUCUGAUCUACGUGCUCCUCUUGAUGGCACUCACCUUCCUGGUCUCCAUGUUUACCUUCUGUGGGACAUACAAAGGCUGGAAGAGGCAUGGAGCACACAUCUAUGUCACUGGCCUGUUCUCCAUAGCCAUCUGGGUGGUGUGGAUCACCAUGCUCAUGCGAGGCAACCCAGAAUUAAAUAAACGGCCCCUCUGGGAUGAUCCUGUCAUCAGCAUCGCUCUGGUGUCCAAUGGAUGGGUCUUCCUGAUGAUGUACAUGGUGCCUGAAUUAUGCUUUCUCACAAGCCCACGCAACCCUGAGGACUACCCUCCAGAAAACUAUUCUUGCCAGCCUAAACUCAUGAAGAAGAACUUUGGAGUGGAGAACCAAGCCUAUAUCAAGGAGGAGACCACAACAGGCCCAGGAAACAACGGGGACCCAUGCUACGUUCCACAUUAUGCUCACUUUCAGAUGGAGAGCCUCAAACCUCAGCAGGAGUUCUCCAUCCCCCGGCCUAAAACCCGAGUCAGUCCGUAUGAGAAUUACACCGGCGGGCAAGACACCAAGUAA